CGCUGUGUCCUACGGACACAGCUGAUCACAUGAUGUGGUAAAAGGCCGAUCACAGCGGCCUUUUACCACGUGAUCAGCGGUGUCCAAUGACGUGCUGAUCAGAGGGAAAUGCAAGUGCCGGGCACUGAUGAUCAGUGCCCAGCAGUGCCACCCGCAAGUUCCAUCCACCUGUGCCCAGCAGUGCGCCCACUAGCUCCGCCCACCUGUGCCCAGCAGAUCACCCACCUGUGCCCAGCAGUGCACCCACCUGUGCCCAGCAGUGCACCCACCUGUGCC